GGAGCGGGCGGGCGAUGGGAGACGCCGCUCCGGCGGGAUAGAGGGGCGGAGACGGGGGCACCCCCGGGGCCCGGCCCGCCCGGGGCUCGCCGUGGGCCCGCACAGAUGCUGGUGCACAGCUACCCGGGCAUGGACCGUGCCGAGGGGCUGCCCGGGGCGUCGGCCGGGGCCCGCCUGCCGCAGCUGCCCGCUCUCAACCAGACGCCCUACGGUUCGGCUCCGCCGCUCUGCCACACGCCCGCCGCCGACUUCCAGCCGCCCUAUUUCCCCCCGCCGUACCCGCAGCCGCCGCUGCCGUACCCGCAGGGCCAGGAGCCCGCUUACCCGCACCUGGCCGACCCGUACGCGGCGCUCAGCCCGCUGCACCAGCACCAACAGCCCGCCUGGCCCCCGCAGCGCUCCCGGCAGGACGACGCGGGGCUGCUCUCGCAGACGCACCGAGCUCUGGGGCUCGACCCCCGCCGCGAGUACUCCGCCGUGCCCCGCCUGCUCCACGGGCUGCCCGACGGCGGGCACGGCCUCCCCGACGGCCCGCUGGGCCUGCACGGCCUCGGGCACCACGGCAUCGAGGAGAUCCAGGCGGCGGACGACGGCGGGAUGAACCUGCUCGAUCAGUCCGUCAUCAAGAAAGGCUGGCUCAGGUGCUCCGAUCACCUGCUGCUUGCGGGAGCGGGGAAGCAGCAACUGAAGAUCGAGGGGGACUUUUGGUUUACUCAGAUGACAAGAGACAAUUUUGCUUCCCCCAAAGCCAAGGAAACAAAGCUGUCAGGCUUUAAUGGUAGCUUGUCUCCCUCCUGCAGCAUGUUUAUGGGCAAACAAGCUGCAGAGCAGACCAGGCAAACUGCAGUGCCCAUCCCCUCGAAGGCCAACGGCACCAUUCCCUCCCUGAUGAACAAGGACGGGCUGAUCGGAGGGGUGACGAACCCUAAUGAGGUCUUCUGCUCGGUGCCCGGCCGCCUCUCGCUGCUCAGCUCCACCUCCAAGUACAAGGUGACAGUAGGGGAGGUGCAGAGGCGGCUCUCGCCCCCCGAGUGCCUCAACGCCUCCCUCCUCGGCGGGGUCCUGCGCAGAGCAAAAUCAAAAAACGGGGGUCGGUGUUUAAGGGAAAGGUUAGAGAAAAUUGGCCUCAAUCUACCUGCAGGACGACGCAAAGCUGCCAACGUCACCCUGCUGACGUCGCUGGUGGAAGGUGAAGCUGUCCACCUGGCCCGGGAUUUUGGCUAUGUGUGUGAAACGGAGUUCCCAGCCAAAGCGGCGGCAGAGUACCUGUGCAGGCAGCACUCCGACCCCACGGAGCUCCACACCAGGAAGAACAUGCUGCUGGCCACCAAGCAAAUUUGUAAAGAGUUUGCAGACUUGAUAGCUCAGGACCGCUCACCUCUGGGGAACAGCCGCCCAUCACUGAUCCUGGAGCCGGGCGUGCAGAGCUGUCUGACUCAUUUCAGCCUCAUCACCCAUGGCUUCGGAGGCCCAGCCAUCUGUGCAGCACUGACAGCCUUCCAGAACUACCUGGUGGAAUCCCUCAAAGGGCUGGAUAAAAUGUUCAUCAGCAGCACAGGGAACGGGCACACGGCCGGAGACUCCAAAGCAUCAGAAAAGGAAGGGAAGCAUCGGAAGUGAGGUGCAGACCCCAUCCCCUGCGUGGGGAGCUCCCACAGCCCAAGGAAGGUCAGCAGUGCCAGGAGGAACCGUUCCGUUCGAACUGGGGGGUGAAACUCAUAAAGCAAACAGCAAAAAGAGAGAAACAGGUUGAAAUUCAGGAGGAAGAAAGCGACUCUGAUGGACGCGGCGAGGAAGAGAAAAUAAGCCAAUUUGAUGGCUUCUUAGUCUUGCCUUUUUGUUUUCUUUUUUAAAACUCUUAAAUCACGGAUGCAGGAAGCCAAGUCAUGUGCAAUUUCUUUUUUCUUUCUCUUUUUUUUUAAAGCCCAUAAUAAAAUCCUGAUAUGCUCCAGGAACUGGUUCUGAGCAAAGCCACCCCAGUGCCAGGAGUGGGGGCAUGAGCGGCAGAGGGCACAGAGCUGUGCUUGGAUCUGUCAGCUGGCUGCAAUGGGCAACCAAGUUGAGCCAAGCGACCUUCUUAUUUCUUCCUAUUUCCUCACCUACAGCCCAGCCCUAAAGCCAGGCCAGGAGAAAACCCUCCAGCUUUGGGUUUGAAGCAGUUUCAGGCUUCAUUUUGCAGGGCACAAAGCAGGAACACCGAGCCCAGGACUUGCUGCAACUCCACAACCUACAGAGAACAGCACACACGUUUUUAGAACUAUUAUUAACAAUAAUGAAUUAAGCACAAGGAGCAGAACUUGAACCAGGCCAAACUGAACUGUUCUAAAUCUGUAUAUAUUUAUUUAUGUGUAAUUAAAUCUGAAAGUUUUAAAAUGUCCAGUGCGAGUUAUUUAUAUCAAAUCGAGUUGGUUAUUUGGUUUGGUUUUGUUUGGGGUUAUGUUUGUUUUUUUUUUCCUUUGAAAGAUGGACGUCUCUGGUCUUUCUGCCAUUAGAAAUGGGAAUGAAGUUUUGGAUACACAAAACUGUAGCAUGGAUGAGAUAGGCUGUGAUAACGAUAGAAGUUCUGCAGGAUUUUGUACUUGCUGUUGUUUCUCUUGAUGCUGCAAUAGAUGUACAACGCCCGCACCACAAUGUCAUCCUCAUUACCUUAAUAAACCUCUUUUUAUUUGAAGAAAGCACCUCCACCGUCUUUGUGAACGAGGAUCCUUCAGAUUGUGUCCAAAUGUUGAGUUGGUUGUGUAGAGAAAGGACACCCUCCUGUUCCAUGGUUGAUAUCCAUUCGAUGGGCACAGCCAGGCAAGAGAAAGCUCAGGGAAUGGCACUCCAGGGGAGCAGACGUGGCAAUAGCAUUUGGCAAAACCAAAGAGGGCUUGUUGUUGAGAAUGCUUGUAGCUUUCCCAGUGCAUCUGUUGCUAUGACAGCUGGAGAGCAGGCAGUCGGCCAUGGGUCUCAGCAUAGAUUAAACUGGAACAUUCUCAGAAUGUUAUCUAUCAGUUUCCUCUGGAGGUGGCAGAAGAGGACACUGACAACAGAAAUGAUUCAGUAGAUCCCAAAAGGAGCCAAAGGCUUCCAGAGGGGCCCCUGUUUCAGCAAGAACACUUUAUGUGCUCAUGUAGUCUGUGGAGAUGGCUCUGAGUCUCUUAGCUUGCACCUAAAUACUCCCUUCUAAAACUUACGGACACAAAUUGGGAAUCAGAUUGGAAAUGCCCCAUGGUAUGAAGCUUACAAAAACAAGAACCUAAAUGACAGGCUCCGCAGGUCUGGUUUUACUCUGGACCUUCCCAAAGGAAGGAGGAGAAGCCAGGGAGCAGAAUGGAAAUCCUAGAACCACAUUAGACACUUCGUCUACACUUCAAAGCUAUUUUGGAUAAUGCAGGGCGUGAGCAGAAAGCACAGAAGU